GUUGCUGUGGAUAAACCAUAGACGUCAGCAUCGCCGUUUCCCGAUUUCCCCCCGGCUUCCGUCUUUCAAAAAACGGAAGCGGGCGCUACCAUUUUGAAACAGUGCACCGCUUAGGCGCAAUGGACAAGAGCAACACGGUGAAGCUCUUCGUGGGCAACCUGGCCCUGGACACGUCGCAGGAGGAGCUGACGGCCAUCUUCGAGCCGUACGGCGCGGUGGUGAGCUGCAGCGUGCUGAGGCAGUUCGCCUUCGUGCACCUGCAGGGCGAGGGCGCCGCGGCCCGCGCCAUCAAGGAGCUGAACGGGCGCGAGUUCCGCGGCAGGAACCUGGUGGUGGAGGAGUCUCGCGGGCGGCCGCUGCACUCCACCAAGGUGUUCGUGGGUAACCUCAGCGGCAUGUGCACCACCGAGGACCUGCAGGAGCUCUUCCAGACCUUCGGGAAGGUGCUGGAGUGCGACAAGGUCAAAGCCAGGCUCUCCUCCUCCGCAGGGUACGCCUUCGUGCACAUGGAGAGCAAGGAGGACGCCCUGCAGGCCAUCGAGGCCCUCCACGGGACCUCCUUCAAGGGGCGGCCGCUCUCGGUGGAGCUGUCCAAGGUGCAGCCCAACAACAAGCAGGCGUCGGGCGGCAAGAUCCCCUGCGUGAGCUGCGGGAAGCAGGGCCACUACGCCGGGGAGUGCCCCGUGGGGAAGCCCACCCUGGAGCAGUACCAGAGCCAGGCCGCCGUCCUGGCAGCGGCCGCCGCGGCCGCCGCGGGCCUCCCGCUGCAGGUGCAGCAGAGCGUCCACAACUCGGUGUACAACACCUCCACCUUCGACCCCACCUACGCCGCCCUCACGGGCCUGACCUCCGGCAGCCGGACGGACGGCACGCCCGUCAGCCCCGCCGUGUACGGCGCGCUGGCCAGCCAGGUGUACGGGACGGUGGCCAGCCAGCUCUACGGCUCCGCGGCCAAUCAGGCGCUGACGCUGGGCGCCGCGCAGAUGUACAGCUCCAUGAGCGGGAACGGGAAUCCCGCCGUGGCCGCGGCCUACGGCGGCCAGGUGUACGCGCCGGGCAUGGCCAACCCCGUGUACCUGGCGGCGGCCGGGGAGGCGGUGGCCGACCCCGGCUACGGAGUGGCCACGGCGGUGUACGGGGCGCCCAGCGCCGACCCCACGGCGGGGCAGGCCAUUUUCGAGGCGGCGCGGGCGCACUACUUCGCCCAGGGACAGCAGGUGUUGGCCGAGCAGCAGCAGUCCGCCGCCAAGUCCGGGGACCGCGACCGGAGCCCCGUGCGACGGUCCGCGCCCCUCCUCCCCGACCCGGUGCCCAAGCCCUUCCUGUACCAGCGGCCCAAACGCAGGGCGCUGCUGCCCACCCCUGCCGCCCAGGUCCAGGAGGCUGCCGCCGUGGAGGAAGACCCCAUGGCCAGGUACUACGCGGAGUACUACCAGCAGUACCAGCAGUACCAGCAGUACCCUCAGUACCAGUUUGCGUACCCGCCGCCCACCGCCGUGCCCGCCAUGCCAGUUCAGCCUGCUGCCGUUCUGGACCCCACCCAGGCUGCCACGCCCACCUCCCUGGCCGCACCCAGAGUGUAUGAUCCGCCGAAUCCGCCGCCGGCUCGCAGGGAGCCCCUCCUCCACCGCCCCGACAUCCCCCACCUCCACACGCCAGAGCCCCCCUACCGAUAACCGCCCCUCAUACCUCCCCCCCUCCCCCCUUCCCCCUUCC